AUGGAAGGAGAGACUAUCAAGAUUAUGAACCAAGACCUUGUGAGGUUGGAUCGUUUUGAUGGUUCCAACUUCACUAGGUGGCAAGACAAGGUGAGAUUCCUUCUCACAACACUCAAGAUUUUCUACAUCCUUGAUCCUACAUUGGCACCGUUACCGGAACCAAAGGAAAAUGACACACCUCAAGUGGUGGCGGCAAGGAAGAAGAGGGAGGAGGAUGAGCUCAUAUGUAGGGGUCAUAUUUUGAACGCCUUAUCCGAUAGGCUAUAUGAUCUCUACACCAACACUAAUUCCGCGAGGGAGAUUUGGGAGGUUCUUGAAAACAAGUACAAAGCCGAGGAAGAAGGUUACCGGAAGAGGAUUUUCCACAAGAGUGAAGAUUACUCAUUGGAAGAGAUUCAAAAACAUCUUCGCAUUGAGGAAGAAUCGAGAUCAAGAGACAAGAUGGUGGAAGAGUCCAAUGGUGGGACUAAUAAAGCCAAUGCGGUUUCAAAGGCCAAUCAUCCUAGAGGUAAAAAUAACAACGACAAAAAGAAUUCCAGAAAUUAUAUGAGCCCCAAGAAAAAUCAAGAACAAUUUAAGGGCAAGAAAGAUCCUUGUUUUGUGUGUGGAAAACCCGGGCAUUAUGCUAGGGAGUGUAGGUACCGAAAGGACCAAAAAGGGGCUGUGGUGAAUGCAAUUGAUGAGGAGAUCAUUGCAACACUAAGCGAUAUGUGCGUUGUCCAAGGAAAUGUGUAA